ACGCUGAGUCCGCGCUCCCGAUGACUAGUGGGCUGCACGCUGCACGCAGCCAGCUGCAGAGGAGAGCCGAGCGGCCGCGGCGUUGUAGCGCUGCGGUGAACGGAGCCCGGAACCAGCCGAACGGUCCGCUGCUCUACACACCAGAUAGAUCGGCUGAAGGAUUUUUGGUGAUUAUGGUGCAACGGACCCUUUGCAGUUACCCCAGUCAUCUCUGGAAAUGUAGCAACAAAAGAUAAAGCAACUGAAAGAAGACAGACGGCGAGGAAGCCCACAGGAGACAACUAACAGAUGGAGCUCUGAAAUAAGCUUGGGGAUGUUAGGAGGUUUGCUGGCCUUUGACCAGUGGAGCGCCAGGAUUCAUAGAGGAUCCUUCGGAAGAGGAAACGGUUUAGACAUUCUGAAAUGCAAUGAGAAGAGGUCCUUGUCUGUUGGAGAAUGACACAAAGUGCAGCUCUGUUGAAUCUGGAGUUUCCUUGUGCAGUUUAGUCUUGAUGCAUCCUGUCUGUGGAUUUCACUUUUAGUGUCAGCUUGUGGUACUUGCAUGACUUUCAAAAUGGACACAUUUCUCUCUGAUCAAGCUGCAGUCAAAAUAAGGAUGAAAUAAACGGUCUGGAACACUUGACGACAUGUCGAACGUUAAAAAGAAAACACCUGCCGGAGGAGGAUGUGGCAGAGAUGGGCUUUCAAAGACUGUAACAACCAGCUGCAGACAAAAAGUCCCCUCCUGCUAUCUGUUCGUCCUCCUCCUCCUGCUUUUCUUCUCCCCGGGUGCACCUCACAUGGAGUCCAUCGAGAGCCACAGUGAGUUCAGCUGUGAGCCCAUCAGGCUGAGAAUGUGCCAGGAUUUGCCUUACAACACCACCUUCAUGCCCAAUCUCCUCAAUCAUUACGACCAGCAAACGGCCGCGCUGGCCAUGGAGCCUUUUCAUCCAAUGGUCAACCUGGUGUGCAGUGCCGACCUGAGGAUGUUUCUGUGUGCCCUGUAUGCUCCGGUGUGCACAGAGUAUGGCCGAUUGUCCAUGCCGUGUCGAUCCAUCUGCCAGCGGGCCAAGGACGAGUGCCACAAACUCAUGGAGAUUUUCGGAGUAGCUUGGCCAGAUGACAUGGAGUGCAGCAGGUUUCCAGAUUGUGAUGAACCUUACCCUCGCGCUGAGGAUCUGCUGACAGGCUCAGAACCCACGGACCAGUCAUCCAUGACGGUCCAGAGAGAUUACGGUUUCUGGUGUCCCCAAGAGCUCAAGGUGGACCCUGACCUGGGCUACGCCUUCAUGGGAAGGAAGGACUGUUCUGCUCCCUGCCCAUCGAUGUUCUUCAGUCGGCAGGAGCUGACCUUGAUCCGAUACUUCACUGGAGUCGUCUCAGUUGUUUGUCUCUCUGCAACGCUCUUCACUUUCCUGACGUUUCUCAUCGAUGUUACAAGGUUCCGAUACCCCGAGCGGCCCAUCAUCUUCUACGCUGUGUGUUACGUCAUGGUGUCGCUGGUCUACUUCCUGGGUUUCCUUCUAGAGGACCGAGUGGCGUGUAAUUCAGUGAGCCCGGCCCAGUUCAGAGCUUCAACCAUCACUCAGGGCUCUCACAACAAGGCAUGCACACUUUUCUUCAUGGUCCUGUAUUUCUUUACCAUGGCCGGCAGCGUGUGGUGGGUCAUACUGACAAUCACUUGGUUCCUGGCUGCUGUGCCUAAAUGGGGCAGCGAGGCCAUCGAGAAGAAAGCCCUCCUCUUCCACGCUGUGGCCUGGGGCCUCCCAGGGGCCCUCACUGUCUCCCUGUUGGCCUUGAAUAAGAUAGAGGGAGAUGGGAUCAGUGGAGUGUGUUUCAUAGGGCUGUAUGACAUCGAUGCCCUGAGGUGGUUUGUUCUGGCACCGCUCUGCUUCAAUGUGGCGGUUGGCGUCGCCCUGCUUUUAGUGGGAAUUGUCGCUCUGAACCGGGUGCGGAUGGAGAUUCCACUGGAGAAGGAGAACCAGGCCAAACUAGUCAAGUUCAUGAUUCGAAUGGGCGUGUUCUCGGUGCUGUACCUCGCCCCGUUGUUCACAGUGAUUGGGUGCUACAUGUAUGAACACACCUAUCGGCAGAUCUGGGAGACGACGUGGAUGGAGGAGAACUGCAGGCGCUAUCACAUCCCCUGCCCAUACAAGGUUGAGCAGACCAGCAAGCCAGCCAUGGUUCUGUUCCUGAUUAAAUACCUGAUGAUGUUGGUGGUGGGGAUUCCCUCGGUUUUCUGGGUGGGCAGUAAGAAGACGUGCUUCGAAUGGGCCAAUUUUCUGCAUGGACGCAGACGCAAAGACGGGGUGAAUGAGUCCCGACAGGUUCUGCAGGAGCAGCCAGACUUUGCUCAGUCUCUGCUGCGUGAACCAAACACCCCCAUCAUUAGGAAGUCCAGAGGGACGUCUACUCAGGGCACCUCCACCCAUGCCUCCUCCACCCACUUGGCAGCUCUAGAUGAUCUUGACGAACCAAUCAGGACUCACCAUGGACACCCUGCAUCAACCAGAAGCAAGCCCAGCAGCGUCCACAGCAAGGGCAGCUACCACGGCAGCCUGCGCCGUGCUCGGGAUGACAGGAGCGAUUCUUUAGCUUACCGGGGCACACUGGACCGCAAUCUCCAUGGUAGCAUGCCCCGGCUCGACCACCCGCUCUCCACCCACAGCAGCCUGCAUAAGAUGGACAACCACUCCAGGCACAGCAGCCAGCGGGACAUGUCGGAGGCUUCGCCCACCCGCAUCGCCCACGGAACAAUAGGGAGCGACGGCCGAGCUGCUGAGAAGGACAGCACCAGCGCCUGAACAGUCAACAUCACCAGGAAAAUGCUGGAAGAACACUAGAAGUGAAGGUUUACCCUUCCCAAAAGAACAUCGCAGGAUGUCUGGUCCUUUAUGACUACGUCAGUUUAGCUGGAGGUGUCAAUCAGGGAAAACUAGAACUUAGGACAGAGACCAGUAACUUGCUAAAUGCUGUGGGGGAGAACGUUCAUUGCACUGUCUAAAUCCUGGUAAUGUCUGUCACUAGAGUGGCUUGUUUAUUCUGGCCUGCAGCUAUUAAUGCUCAUCUCUGCGUGGCUUCUUAGACAAAUUAUGGGCCUAAAACCGUGGACCUUCUUUUGUUUAGCAAAAUAUUUUUAUACUGUGAAAACUGCUGCGUGUGCAGAAAAAAAAGGGACAUAUCAGGGGAGAUAAAGUUUAAAACCUUACUUUGAUAGGUGCAAGGAAACUAAUGCUUAUUCAGUCCAAUCGGGAUAGAUGUACCCAAGUCCAGUCGUGGAGAGCUACUAUCCUGCAACUUUUAGAUCCAAUCCUUUCCAACAUACCUGAACCAAAUGAACGACGCCUCUGCAGGGCUGAAUGAAAUACUG